AUGGGAUUUCCCUUUCGCGUCCCCCAGUCAAAAACAGAACGGAUACAAGGCUCCCUCUGGUCAGUUUCACUUGGCUGGUCGCCCCUUUCCGCCCUCUUGCGCGCGUGUGCGCGCGUGUUUGAGCCCCCACCCCGCCCUAUCGUUCCCAGUUUGUGCUUCGCCCUGGAUCUGAUGCUGGAAAGCGCCCCCACCAUCGCCAGACGAGCUCCCCUGAUUUAUAGGCCUCGGCUCUUGAUAAGAUCGGGCCGCGCGGGUGUACAGCCGGGGAGGGAGACUUUGCAGCGCAGAAACAAGAUCCUCUACACCAGGGAGAGGGGGAGCUACGAAGGAAAGGGGGAAAAUAUCCUCUGGCUGUAUUGGGGUGGACGGAUCAGCCCGGGACCUAAGCUGCUUGCCCCCCACCCUCCGAAAAAACCCCACCCCACAUUUAUUUUAUUUUUUCUCUGGCUUUGCUCCAUCUAUGUCCCCAAAGGGUCCCAGCAGGCAAGCGGAGGCCACUGAUGUCCAUUUCUCGCAGCCUGGAGAUGCGCAAAGCGGGAUCAGAAGAUCUCUUGCAAAGAGAGGCGAGCCGGGGCCGCUUCCUUUUCCCAAGAGGAGGCUGGAGGUGA